UAAUUUAUAAAAAUUUUUUGUAUGCAGAUUUUUCAGAUGAGAUGCUAAAGCUGCUUCUCCUUGCUUUGGAAGAUCUUAAACAAUUACUGAAGGAUCAGGGAUCUGAUCUGUUUAUUGCUUUCGGAAGUGCAGAAGAUGUCAUACUGAAACUUGUGAAUGAGGUGAAGGCUAGCUACAUAUUUGCAGAAGAGGAGGUAGAAUAUAAUCUUCAUAGUGUGAUGUCUCUUGUUCAAUCAUCUGUGUCUUCUGAACCAUUUGUAUGGGGAAACCCUGAGUUUGUCUUUUGGAGAACUCCAUUUUAUAAUGUUGGGAACCUGGAGGAACUACCUGCAUCAUAUCAUGACUUUCUGAAGUUGCAGUUAUCUCAAACCAUUCCAGUUGCAGCCCCAACCUUACCUAUAUUGGACAUGGAAGUGGACAGAGGUGCUCUUCCCAUAUUUGAUGAUGUAAAAAAGUACUUGCAAGGGAAACCUUGCCAAUCAGAUAAGUGCUGGAUUUCUCUUAAGAAAGUAUCAGCUGAAAGCAUUUUAAGGAAGGAGUGCAUCAGUCAAGCUGUGAUGAAAUCUGAUCCUAGUGAAAGCCUUAAAAGUAACGAAGGGAAGAAUAUAAUCUCAUCAACAUUAAACAAUGUCAAAAGCACAAAAAUUGCAAAAUCUGUGUUUGCAUCAGUAGAAGGAACUCAAGUAAGAGGUGGAACGAACAAUGUCUUGAAUGCCUUAGCUGCUUACUUGAGAUACCUGGAGGGCACUGCACGGGAUGAUUGGCAAGAGUUACAUGAGAAGUUACGGAAGGCUGAAUGUAGAAAAGGAGCUUCAUUUGGUGCUCUGUUUGGUUCUGCCCUUUAUCUUGGAACUAUAUCCAGGAGGAGAGUUUACUAUGAAGCUAUAAAAUAUGAGAGAGAACGCAAUGCAGGCUAUGUAUCACCAUUUGGAUACUCAGCACCUACUGUUGCAGCUGCAAUUGAUGCUGUUUGUUCGAUGGAGGUACGGUUCAAAAGAAUGAAUUGUGUUGGAGGUUAUGUGCGCUAAAUUGUCUAAUAUUGUUAAAUACU